GGCUUCUUCGGUUCGAGUCUGUGGGCUUACUCUCGUGUCCCGUGUUAUUACACAGCAAUAUUUUUGGGGGAGGGGGAGGGGUGGCGCGCCUGUCGCCGUGUGUUUUGCUGGUAGUCGGAGGCUUCUGUACAGAGAUGGCAAGAGAACUGUAGCAGACUGCGGGGCCUGCACGGUUGGGUUUUCACCGACAACCGUAACGUUAGAGAACCGCAGAGCCGCGGACAGUGGGGAAAGGAGCGGGACAGCGAACAAGAGGAACCAUGGGACACGGAGUGGGCUGAACCAGAGGGUCUAGCAGCACACACCAGUUGUUUCCUACUGUGGUGUAUGACAUGGCCACGGCCUCAUCUAGAGCAGAGACUAGCCAUAACCACAGAGGAACGUCACAGCUCCAUGCCAUCGUUUCCUGUGCCAAACUCAAGAGGAAGAAGAGUGUGUUUGGGGCUGCCACUUAUGUGGAGGUGACAGCAGAGGGGGAGUCGCGCCGCACAGCGAAAUCCCACAGCUCCUCCAGUCCUAAAUGGGAUGAGAGGCUCACUCUGAAUGUAACACCACACACACAGGUGGAUUUCAAAGUAUGGAGUCACCACACCCUGAAAGCAGACGCUCUGCUGGGCAAAGCCACGCUGGACCUGAUUCAAGCCUUGGAACAGCAUGACAGAAAAUUGGAGAAUGUGAAGGAGGUGCUGAAGCUGAGUGUGGAGCAGAAAGGGGUUCUGGUGCCGAUCGGGGAGCUGACGGUGUACCUAGACGGACUGACCGUCACCGAUCAGGAGGAACUGACACCGCUUACCAACGGCAAUGCUACAAAUGGCACCAGUGAGCUCAGUAUUUAUGUUAGGGAAGUCCAGCAGAAUGGUGAUGCCAUCCAUGAAAAUGGAGACUCCUCCUCCUCUUCCUCAAGGGCUGCCAACAGCACAGUGAAUGGCACAGACUUGGGCCCGAGAUCAGGUUCCUGUUCAGCCUCCAGUGGUGCCGAUGGUCAGGUGCCUUCCAGCUCCAGCAGCCCCGCUCGAGGUCCCGCCAUCAAUGGAGACGCCACGGCCGACUCCACCCCAGUCCACCAACCCUCAGAUGGCGACACAGAGAGUAGAAUGGUCAACGGGGAGUCCUGUGAUCCUUGUCCAGAGCAAUCAUCUGCGACAACAAGUGAUGUGCCGCCCCCUACAGGUGACAACGAGGACCGUAUUCAAGAUGCUGCCUUGCCAGACUCUGACACGACGCCGAACAGCACAUCUCAAUCCCAGCCGACUUCCGCACCUUCUUCAACCUCCUCUGUUGCUGCUAAACCAACUGAUGGCGCUACUUCUGCUCCUGCUGCUGCUUCUUCCUCCUCCACAUUCGCCUCUCCAACCCAGGGGGCCGCCACCGUCACAGCGUCCCCAUCAUCGUCCUCUUCCUCUCCAGCUCUGGGAGAAUCAAAUGCUACAGGAGCCGGAGGUGGUAGCAGUAAUAGUACGGCAACUGCGACUACAGAUGGGGCCAAGCCCAGACAGCAGGCGCCCAAUGCAGGAGCCUCAGAUCCUCUACCACCGGGAUGGGAGCAGAGAAAAGACCCACAUGGGAGAACAUAUUAUGUAGACCAUAACACCAGGACUACUACCUGGGAACGACCACAGCCGCUACCACCAGGUUGGGAGCGCCGAGUGGACGACCGGGGCAGGAUCUAUUACGUGGACCACAACACCCGCACAACCACGUGGCAGCGACCCACUAUGGAGUCAGUACGCAACUUUGAGCAGUGGCAGAGCCAACGCAGCCAGCUGCAGGGAGCUAUGCACCAGUUUAACCAGAGAUACCUCUACUCUGCAUCCAUGAUGUCGGCUGAGAAUGAUCCUCUUGGCCCGCUACCUCCUGGUUGGGAGAGACGUGUGGACUCCAAUGACCGGGUGUACUUUGUCAACCACAACACCAAGACGACGCAGUGGGAAGACCCCCGAACCCAAGGGCUACAGAAUGAGGAUCCUCUGCCUGAGGGUUGGGAGAUUCGCUACACAAGGGAAGGCGUUCGCUACUUUGUGGAUCACAACACCCGAACCACCACCUUCAGCGACCCCCGUACUGGAAAGUCUUCUGUCACCAAAGGCCCUCAGAUAGCUUAUGAGCGCAGCUUCCGGUGGAAACUUGCCCAUUUCCGCUACUUGUGCCAGUCUAAUGCUCUCCCCAGCCAUGUGAAGAUCACGGUCUCCAGACAGACGCUGUUUGAAGACUCUUUCCAACAAAUUAUGGCCCUGAAGCCUUACGACUUGAGGAGGAGACUCUAUGUCAUCUUCAGGGGCGAGGAGGGUCUGGACUAUGGAGGUUUAGCCCGAGAGUGGUUCUUCUUGUUGUCCCAUGAAGUGCUGAACCCCAUGUACUGUCUGUUUGAGUACGCUGGCAAGAGCAACUACUGUCUGCAGAUCAACCCGGCCUCCGCCAUCAACCCGGACCACCUGUCCUACUUCUGCUUCAUAGGCCGCUUCAUUGCAAUGGCACUUUUCCAUGGCAAGUUCAUUGACACAGGCUUCUCUCUGCCUUUCUACAAACGCAUGCUGAGCAAGAAGUUAAUACUAAAAGACCUGGAGUCCAUUGACCCGGAGUUUUACAACUCACUCAUAUGGAUCAGGGACAACAACAUAGAGGAAUGUGGACUGGAGAUGUACUUCUCUGUAGACAUGGAGAUCUUGGGGAAGAUCACUUCCCACGACCUCAAACCUGAUGGAGCCAAUGUCCUGGUCACCGAGGAGAACAAGGAGGAGUACAUUGGUCUGAUGGCAGAGUGGAGGUUCUCUCGCGGAGUAGAAGGUCAGACCAAAGCUUUUCUGGAUGGCUUCAAUGAGGUGGUUCCCCUUCAGUGGCUCCAGUACUUUGAUGAAAAGGAGCUGGAGGUGAUGCUGUGCGGCAUGCAGGAGGUGGACCUGCAGGACUGGCAGAGAAACACAGUGUAUCGUCACUACACCAGGAAUAGCAAACAGAUCAUCUGGUUCUGGCAGCUUGUGAAAGAGGUCGACAACGAAGUGCGACUACGGCUCAUGCAAUUUGUCACUGGAACCUGCCGGCUUCCUCUGGGUGGCUUUGCUGAACUCAUGGGAAGUAAUGGGCCGCAAAAGUUCUGCAUUGAGAAGGUGGGGAAGGACACAUGGCUUCCACGGAGCCACACGUGUUUUAACCGCCUGGAUCUGCCUCCUUACAAAAGUUUUGAACAGCUAAAAGAGAAGCUGCUCUUUGCCAUCGAGGAGACAGAAGGUUUCGGCCAAGAAUAGAGGGAGGAGUCGUGUCGUAUUUCCCUCCUUCCCCGUAGUUGCUGUUUAUUCAGCCAAGACAAAAAACUAAACAAAAAAAGUUGCACAAGAAAACCACCAAUGUAUAUAAGCUAUUUUGUCAUUUUAAACCAAAUCCUCAUUUGCAGCAUAAUUUUUUGCCGCAAUUCUGCCCCCCGCCCUCCCCCAGCCCUUAUAUAAUAUAUAAAUACCCAUCAUAAAAUAUGCAAGCAUUUCAGCAUUGUGCUCCUCUGUUUAAAAACAGAAAUCAUAAAUAUUUUUUUAUUUUAAUUUUCUCCCCACUGCUGACUGGCUUUUUAAAAGAGACUGAAAGUGUUUUCGAGAGGAUUUUAUAGUUGGAGCGCAAUCUUCUUUUAAAGCUCUAGUUCUAUAGAGCUUUUAAAAGGCAGGAAUAGAGUAUUGGGGUCCCGUGAUUGAAAUUAGUUUUUCCUGUUGGACCCGUAGUUAAUUUAAAUAUGUUUGUGUGUUUUGUGUGCGCGCUUGCAUGCUGCCUAUGAAGAUGAGAGGGUUCUACCACCACACUCAUUCACACAUACAAACAUUUAAGCAUGGACUGCUUAGUCUCUGAAUGACAGACAUUAGAAGAAAUAAGGCACAGGGUUCAGAUUGCUUCAGAAAAUCUAUUUUCUCCCCUCAAUGAGAUUAUGAAUUAUCAGCCCAGAGAAAGACGCAUGAUUGGAUCCUUUUCUUGUGUGUGUAAGUGUGUUUCUGGACGAAAGGAAAUAUCAAAGGAAAUAUGAGGAAAAAUAUUUUAAAUAGUUUUUAAGGGUGGACUAUAUAUGUGAGCGUGGUGAUAUGGGGAAGUUGACGAGUCUCUUGAGUCUAAGAGGAGGGUUAGACAGCAGCAGCCUGCUGGCACACUGUGAAGCAACAAGCUAGCUACACAACGAGGAGAUAGUCAAAUUUAAAUAUUGAGCUAUUUGGAGCAAGCAAAAAGGUUGUUCACACUUUGCAUUAACAUCCACUUUAGAGAGUCUGAUCACAACUGGACAGCUCGGCAGGACAUAGGCAUCUUACAUAGUAACUUACGCGCGUAGCCAACGCUGGCAUGAGACAUUUAUACUUGAGCCUCGUGGCUCUGAGUCACUCAGUAACAACGUUACAACGUUCAGUGUUACUUGACGCUGUGUCGUUUCUGCCAUUCGAGUUCAUUUUUGUUUCUACCUCCUGCUUCACUUCCAACAAUGGCAACUGAAACUUUCCCCAAAGACGAGAUGGAGAAGCAGCCAGAAAUACUAAAGCAGAAACAUGUGACGACCAAGCGGACCAAUCACAGCUCCUCCACACUGCGUCGCUAAGACGCUUACUCGGAUUUCUGGGUAAAUGCAGGCGUUGGAGUCUGUGUGUGGUCUGGGCUGUCACAUCGAUACAGAAGCACGAACGGUGCCGUUGUUCACAUAUUGAAUUAACACACGCACCUGCUCGUGCGUCCCCAGCCAACUCUUCAGAUCCAAUCUCAGGUUCUCUGUGUGUAUUAGGGGCACAGUGACUGUGUCUAAUGGAGCUCAACCAAUGUUUAAGAUUAGUAAGAACCAUGACCAGCGCUGUUUUAUUAAUAACGUUAAGUUAUUAGGUAGCUUUUUAAUCUCACCCUAAUGCUAGUUAGAACUGCACAAAACGCAGAUUAUAACUUGAAACCUGAUUGCUUCCAUACAAGAUUAUUUAGGAAUGACACCCAUACACUUGGUUGUGUUGUGUUUGCUUAUGCAAGAGCACCUCCACUGAGUGUGUGAUCUUCAUUGUGACCCAGGCUCAUUAUGCGUGCACACUACCAAAGGAAUGCAGUCCAGUGUGUCCCAGACCAUCUCAAUGUGUCCAUGGAUGUUAAUGCAAGGUCUGAACGGGGCUUUUGAAGCCACUGGAUGUUUUACUAUAUUAAAGUCACCCCCGUCAGCUAAAGGAGUCACAGCUACAUCGCAUCUUACCAUCGAAUAUAUAACCCCUUUAACAGGAUGCAUACCAAAAGAGAGACUACAAAUUUGGUCUUCAUGGGUUGUUCUAUGGUGCAUAGGACAACUUCUCAUCUUGUCUUAUCAGACAAGUGUUGCAUGCAUGCAGGUAGAACAGAGUGGAGGGUAAAUCAAUAACGUCGCAUACAAUGUGUGCAGACAACAACAUUAAACUUUUCUGACAUCGUACAGUAGACACAAAUACCAACUCCUGCAGCCUAAAGUCCUGCACGGAGACGACGCGGCAGCAAGCCUGAUGUAUGUUGUGUGUUUUUACGUUUGUCCUUCUUUCCCCUUGUCCUUUGUUUUUCCUUAAAUGUCACUUCUAACUCCAUUGUUUGUGAAUGACAACUCUGGUGCUUAUUCUUUCAGUCAGUGGUCUAAAUGCAGGAAGAAAAAAGCUAUGGCAGUGAUGGCUAUUCUCCUUUUUUUUUCUCUGGCAUUGUUUCCAUUUAAUUCAUUUUUUUUUUUUUUUUUUUUUUUU